UGGUUUUUAUGAGGAGAAAACUAUCAUUCAGGGUAGAUGAACAGACAGGCUUGCAUUAAAUACAGGAUUGUAAUUGAAAGAGACUCCAGGAGCCCACAGCAGAAUUUGUAUUAUUGUCUGGAGGAUGAUAGGGAAAAGAUCAGAGAGGGUUUAAUGAGCUUCCAUGCUGUAAUGAAUGGACAGUACUUGGGAAUGCCAUUUGUGGAAUGAGGAGGGGCUUGAAAGAUAAUAAGCAGGAUUGUUUAAGUUUAUGGGAAUUAUGAAAUGGCUGAAGGAUUGAAGCUUAUCCUGGUUGCAGUGUUUCUUUUAUCUGUUCUGCUGACUCUGUCUAUUUCUAGCUGUUUGGAGAUUGAUAAUGUGACAGGGAAACAUGGAAGUAGCAGGAGUGGGAGUAGGAGAAUGUCUGUGGUGUAUGAGAAAUUGAAGGUCAUUAACAAGCCCGCUAUUAGAAGCAUACAGAGCCCAGAUGGAGAUGUUAUUGACUGCGUUGCUAUUCAUCAACAGCCAGGACUUCACCAUCCAUUGCUCAGGAACCACAAAUUUCAGGAUUUUCCAACUAGGCCUUCUAGUAUUGAAGCCAGGGCUAAUAGAAGCUUGCAAUCAGGGCCUGCCCAUGCCUUUCAAACAUGGCAUCUAACAGGACCAAGUUGCCCUCAUGGAACAGUUCCUGUUAGAAGGACUACUGUGGGUGAUCUAAUGCGUGUUGCUUCUCCUGAGAAAUAUGGCAAAAAAUCUAAGAAAACAAGAUUGUGGGUGUCUCAAAAACCGAGUGUGACAGAUGGCAAUGGGCACGAGCAUGCAAUAGCCUUUGUAAAAGGAGGAGAAUACUAUGGUGCAAAGGCAAGUUUAAAUGUUUGGGAACCCCACAUAGAAGCCCCUGGAGAAUUCAGCUUGUCUCAAAUGUGGGUUCUCUCUGGCUCAUUUGAUGGCUCUGAUCUUAACAGCAUUGAAGCAGGCUGGCAGGUAAGUCCAGAGCUGUAUGGAGACAACAUGCCCAGGCUCUUUACUUACUGGACGAGUGAUUCGUACCAGGAGACAGGAUGUUAUAACCUGCUGUGUUCAGGUUUCAUCCAAACCAGCGAGAGUGUGGCUAUUGGGGCUGCUAUAAAUCCAGUUUCCUCUUUCAAUGGUCCUCAAUAUGAUAUUACCAUACUUGUUUGGAAGGAUCCUAAGGAGGGCAACUGGUGGAUGGAGUUGGGAGAUGGUACGUUGGUGGGAUACUGGCCUUCUAGUCUUUUCACCCACUUAUCAGACCAUGCAACUACUGUUGAAUGGGGUGGUGAGAUUGUAAACACUCAGCAAGGUGGAGAUCACACUUCAACACAAAUGGGAAGUGGCCAUUUUGCAAACGAGGGAUUUACAAGAGCAAGUUAUUUCAGGAAUUUACAGGUGGUGGAUGCAGAUAACAGUUUGCAAGAUAUAGAAUCUGUCUCCACUUUAGCAGAAGACUCUGACUGUUACAACAUUCAGAGUUCUGUCAAUGCUGAUUGGGGUACUCACUUCUAUUUUGGAGGACCGGGGCAGAAUUCUAAAUGUCCAUAGAAGAAGUAUACUAGUUCUCCUAAACAUAUACAUUCAACUGUCUUUUUCUGGGUUCUAACUCUAUAUUAUUUACUAAUUCGUUUAACAAACUGAAUUAGUAAAUAAUAUUACAGGGAUGUUAUGAUUAUUAAACAUAGAUAACAAGCAAUAGCUACGAGGGGUAAAAAUGUUCUCAUGGAUAGGCCUUGUUGAAAUAAGUAAUAGUAAAGAUUAAAAAAAAAAAAAAGAAGAGUAGCUCUACAAUGUAUUAAGGAUACUGCUUUCUCUUGGGCUAUAUCUAUGGCUCAAGGAAAAAUGACGUGCUCUAUGCAAUUUAUUGAUCAAUAUAUGGUAUUACAUUAAUUGAAAUUUUAUAUUAAUUGUGGGUUGAA